AUUGACUUGACCUGGAGCGGGGAGAAGUGGCUGCGUACAGUAGACAUAUGUGCCCUGAAUCUUUUCUUCUCUUCUGUGUUCGCUCCCUGGAGGCUUGGACCCCAAACAACAAGAUCGUGUCACCGCUUAGCAGACUCGCUAGCUUCAGACAGACCGAAAACCGUCUCUCCGUCGAUAGCCGUGCGCUCAUGUACCCGCGCGUGAACUCAGACGCGCUGCCGGCCCUGGGCAGCCUUGAGAUGGGGCACGCCGCCCACGCUGUUGCGUAUCCGCCGCUGCCGCCGGUGGAGGUCAUUCCCGUGACCGUGAUCCAGCAGCGGCACGGGGAGCGGGCGCUGGACCCGGACAGGAGCAGCUGCGAGGACCAUGACCCCAGCGCGCUGGUGGUGGCGGCCACGCUGAUCACGACGCUCGCCUUCCUGCUCGGCUCCAGCGUCCCCGGCGGGUACUGGCCGCAGGACACACCGUCGAGGGACGGCGGCAAGCUGUACCGCGCCGGGGACCCCAUCAUGCGCGACCUGCACCGGCCGAGGUACUGGGUGUUCAGAGUGGCGAGCUGGUUCGGGGUCGCGAGCUCGAUGGUGCUCACGCUGAGCCUGCUGCUGAGGAUGGCCGCGACCUCGCGCCACGUGCGGUGGUCGUUCGUGGUGGCCUACGCUAGCCUGCUCCUCACCUUCGCGGCGUCGCAGACCAAGACGCACCUGUCGCUGGACAUCAUCCUCUGCCUCCUCGUUCUCUUUGUCUCCUGGCUCAUCACCAGCGUCCGCGAGGAGAACCGCGCGUGCAUCAUGAAGGUGCUCUGCUGCAGCAGCCGGGACAACUGAGCAAAACAUAUUUCCAGCACCAGCACCGUUCAUUCCUCUGUCUUAACUUUUGCUUGUUCAUAGGUGAUGCGUUACUUGCUUAAUUAACUGGUUUUUUCUCAGCUAGUAGCCACGAGAAAGUCACAAAGAUAUUUUACGUGCAAGCAGUGUUAUGUACUCUAUCUGUCCUUGCUAUUGCUGUGAGAGAAAUUGGCAUGGCUAUGUAAAUCUAAGAAAAUAAGAGUUUGUAGAUAUUAUUUGGAUC